UUGUCAUCAAUGAUGAAGCCAACGAUGUUGCCAAUCGAAGUGUAGGCAACGCUCUGAAAAUCAUGAGAGACACUCAUACUGACUGGCUAGGAGAAACAACCAUCGUACAAAUCAAUGGAUCUGACCCUAGAGACGCUUUAGAUAAAAUUUGCAAUGCAUGGGACAUAGCAGUACGGGAUGGUGGACCUGGAGUUCCGGACAUAGUUCUAGAUGUGACGAGAAGUGGUUUCGGAGCCGAAACUGUCAAUUCAUUCACAGCAGCAAUGGGUGUGCCGACUCUUUCUGCACAAUUCGGACAAGAAGGUGAUUUAAGACAUUGGAGAGAGUUGACCGAUGAUCAAAAGAAUUAUUUGAUACAAGUGCUACCACCAGCCGAUUUAGUACCUGAAGCUAUACGCCAACUCGCAAUAACUAUGAAUAUGAGUAAUGCCGCAAUAAUGUUUGAUGAAAAUUUUGUAAUGGACCAUAAAUAUAAGAGUCUUCUGCUCAAUGUACCAACGAGGCACGUUAUUGUAAGGACAAAAGAAUCCGGAGGUAUUGAUGCACAGUUAUCUCAGUUGAGAGAUCUAGACAUCGUAAACUUCUUCGUGCUGGCAAAAGAGGAAGUUGUAACAGCAAUUUUAGAUGUUGCUGAAGCAAAGAAUUUUACAGGGCGAAAGUAUGGAUGGUUCGCUUUGAGCCUUGACGACUUCACACCGAAGUGUGAGUGCAAGAAUCUUUCGAUUCUUUUUCUCCAACCACAGCUUACCAGUUUCAAUCAAGAACAACUAGGAGGAUUGACUAGCAAAGGACUCCUUCAGCUACCGCUGAUCACCGCUGCUUUUUAUUACGAUAUUACUCGGCUAGCCAUCCAAGCUAUGAGAGAAGCUACUAAAAAUAAUCAGUGGCCGCCAGAACCUCGGCAUAUUACUUGUGAUGAAUUUAAUCGUAAUAAUACUCCAACUAGAAAUCUCGAUUUUUUAGAAAAAUUGAAAAAUGUUGGCCAGAUUGUCAAGUUCGAACCCACUUAUGCUGGCUUCCACUGGGGAGAUAAGAAUGGUGAACAUCAAGCCAAUUUCACAAUGAAAAUGAGUCUCGUUGUUAUUGAUAACGGCAAUGCGAUCUCUACGAAUGAUCUUGGAACAUGGCCGGCCGGAAUUAACUCACAUUUGAAGUUAUCCACAUCCCAAACGGAAGCCGUGCUAAACCACACAGCGGUAAAAAGUUUCCGCGUUGUAACAGUCAUCACACCACCGUUUGUUAUGUAUGACCCAGCAACAGACACAUGGUCAGGCUAUUGUAUCGAACUCCUACAGCACAUUCAAAAGAUUCUCAAAUUUGAGUACGAGAUACGAGAAGUAGCAGACCGUGAGUUUGGCUCAAUGAGAACAGACGGCACCUGGAAUGGAAUGGUCAGAGAGCUCAAAGAUAAACGAGCAGAUAUUGCACUAGGUACUUUAUCUGUAAUGGCGGAACGGGAGAAUGUCGUUGACUUCACAGUACCUUAUUACGAUUUAGUGGGAAUAUCGAUCUUGAUGCAGAAGCAAAAAGCAGCGACAUCACUAUUCAAAUUCUUAACAGUACUGGAGAACGAUGUUUGGCUUUGUAUAUUGGCAUCGUACUUCUUCACGAGCUUUUUAAUGUGGUUGUUUGAUAGAUGGUCACCAUACAGUUAUCAGAACAAUAAAGAAAAAUACAAAAAUGAUGAAGAAAAGAGAGAAUUCAACCUUAAGGAGUGUCUCUGGUUCUGCAUGACAUCGUUGACCCCUCAGGGAGGGGGAGAGGCACCCAAGAACCUUUCAGGAAGACUUGUAGCUGCCACGUGGUGGCUCUUUGGCUUCAUUAUCAUUGCGUCGUAUACGGCCAAUCUUGCUGCUUUUUUAACGGUCUCUAGAUUGGAAACGCCCGUUGAAUCUCUCGAUGAUUUGAGCAAACAAUACAAAAUACAAUAUGCUCCCAUCAAUUCGUCAGAGGCCUAUACUUAUUUUGAUCGCAUGGCGAGGAUCGAAACCAAGUUCUAUGAGAUUUGGAAAGACAUGAGCUUAAAUGACAGCCUCACAGACGUGGAGCGGGCCCAGCUCGCGGUCUGGGAUUAUCCAGUAAGCGACAGAUACACGAAGAUGUUUCAGGCAAUGAAAGAAGCAGGCUUUCCCACGAGUAAAGAGGAGGCGGUGCGGAGAGUUCGCAAAGAAAUCGUCAAUUCCUCACAAACCGAAUUUGCAUUUAUUGGUGAUGCUACUGAUAUCAGAUACCUGGAAAUGACUAACUGUGAUUUGGUCAUGGUUGGUGAUGAAUUUUCCCGAAAACCCUAUGCGAUCGCCGUGCAACAAGGCUCACCAUUGAAGGAUCAAUUUAAUAAUGCAAUAUCGACUGCUCAGAUACUUGAACGUUUCGAUGAAUAACUGGGACUUUGUCCUAUCCCGAAGUUCACGAUGAAUUAUGCAAGUG